AUUGCAAAAACUACAAAUCCCACUCGCUCUCCUCCACGCGCUCCUCCGUUCCAAAGUUGGUCUCUCGCUCUAUACUCCAACCUCAUUCUUCUUCGUUCCACUCUCCUUGAGCAGAACCAGUUUUCGAGGACUGAUCUCUAAGCUUGGGUGAUUUAGGGUAAAAUCCCUAAUCGAAACAGCGUUAUCCUGGUGCGGAUUCAGGGAGAAGAGGGUGGUAGCGAGCGAGCGAGAUGGGCAUGAAUUCUAUAUCCUCAGAGUCCAAUAUCGAUCUCAAUGAGCAGAUCUCGCAGCUUAUGGAGUGCAAGCCACUCUCCGAGCAACAGGUUAGAGCCUUAUGUGACAAGGCCAAGGAAAUCUUAAUGGAUGAAAGCAACGUUCAGCCCGUUAAAAGUCCUGUGACCAUUUGUGGUGAUAUUCAUGGGCAGUUUCAUGAUCUUGCUGAACUUUUUCGAAUUGGAGGGAAGUGUCCGGAUACUAAUUAUUUGUUUAUGGGAGACUAUGUGGACCGUGGAUACUAUUCUGUUGAAACUGUGACGCUUCUGGUGGCCCUAAAAGUGCGUUAUCCACAGCGCAUCACUAUUCUUAGAGGAAACCAUGAAAGUCGUCAGAUUACUCAAGUUUAUGGGUUUUAUGAUGAAUGUCUUCGAAAGUAUGGAAAUGCCAAUGUUUGGAAGACCUUUACAGACCUCUUUGACUAUUUUCCGUUGACUGCAUUGGUUGAAUCGGAAAUUUUUUGUCUGCAUGGUGGUUUGUCCCCUUCCAUUGAAACCCUUGACAGCAUACGCAAUUUUGAUCGUGUUCAAGAGGUUCCUCAUGAAGGACCAAUGUGUGAUCUGUUAUGGUCUGACCCAGAUGAUCGAUGUGGUUGGGGUAUUUCUCCUCGAGGUGCUGGAUAUACUUUUGGCCAGGAUAUUUCUGAGCAAUUUAAUCAUACAAACAGCUUAAAACUGAUUGCCAGAGCUCAUCAGUUGGUCAUGGAUGGAUUCAACUGGGCCCAUGAGCAAAAGGUAGUUACUAUAUUUAGUGCACCUAAUUACUGCUACCGUUGUGGCAACAUGGCCUCUAUUUUGGAAGUUGAUGACUGUAAAAGCCACACUUUCAUUCAGUUUGAGCCAGCUCCUAGAAGAGGGGAGCCAGAUGUUACUCGUAGAACACCCGAUUACUUCUUAUAAAGCAGCUGGAAUUCUCGAUAUUCUAUUUACUUUCUACUGGUUCCACUCAUGCUCUGGUGCUUGUGCAAGAUGACUGUCAGGUUUAGAAUUUACAAUUCUACCUUCUGAUGGUUUGUGGGAUAUAGGAUCUGUCAUAGAACAUGCGCUGCCUACUGGUUUGUCUUACACUUGAACAUCGCUGGAUUUUGCAUCUGAGAGAUGGCCAAAAGUUGAUUGUUUUAGUCUGAUUGUAUCAUAUCCAGCAGAAAUUUGUGGAUAUUCACUUUUCUUGUCCCCCUCCCCCCCCCUUAUUUUUUACUUUCUGUUUUGUUUCUAAUCUCUUCUCACCCUUCCCAUUCUUAUGGGGUUUGAAUUUGGGUGAAUGGAUUUUAUUAGUGGAUAUUUUGCCCUCUUUUCUAAAUGUCUUCUUAAACAGUAAUUUACAUGAUCAGCACCAUUCUGGUUGUUA